AAACCCUAUUCUCUCCUCGAGGGUUUGGAACCGCUCUUGCUCUCAUCGCAGUGCGGCACUGAGGCUCCCUUUUCUUUGUCUUCUCAACCGCCUGCUUCGUCAGGGUUCCCGUGGGAAGCAGCAGACCUGUUGGUGGUUGAGAGCCAUGGCGAGGCUUCUUCGGUGCGCUUCAUUUAGGCGAGCCCUUUUUGCUUCGGAGAUGUAUGGACAAGGAACCAGGGCAUCUGCUUUACAAGUUUGCAACUUCUCUAGUAAAGGUAAAAAAAAAACCAAGUCAGAUGGAAGUGACGCUGCUGAACAAAACCUCUCCGGCAAAGAACUGGCUUUACAGCAAGCAUUGGAUCAGAUUACAGCCGCAUUUGGAGAGGGCUCAAUCAUGUGGCUUGGUCGUUCUCAAGCUUCCAAGGUAGUGCCUGUCAUAUCUACAGGAUCAUUUUCGUUGGAUAUGGCAUUGGGAAUUGGUGGGCUUCCAAAGGGACGUGUUGUAGAAGUAUAUGGUCCAGAGGCAUCAGGGAAAACUACACUUGCUCUUCAUGUUAUUGCAGAAGCACAAAAGAAUGGAGGUUAUUGUGCUUUCAUAGACGCAGAGCAUGCUCUGGAUCCAGCACUGGCAAAGUCUAUUGGUGUAAACAUUGAUAAUUUGCUACUGUCACAACCAGAUUGUGGUGAGCAGGCACUUAGUCUUGUUGACACUCUAGUUAGGAGUGGCUCCGUUGAUGUUGUGGUUGUAGACAGUGUAGCCGCCCUCGUACCUAAGAGUGAACUUGAUGGUGAGAUGGGUGAUUCCCAUGUGGCCCUCCAAGCAAGGUUGAUGAGCCAAGCUCUCCGCAAGUUGAGCCAUUCACUUUCACGGUCGCAGACAAUUUUGUUAUUUAUUAAUCAGGUUAGAUCAAAGGUGAGCACAUUUGGGUAUGGUGGACCAACAGAAGUUACUUCAGGUGGCAACGCCUUGAAGUUCUAUGCAUCUGUUCGCAUGAACAUCAAAAGGACUGGCUUGGUUAAGAAGGGUGAUGAGACUCUGGGGGCUCAAGUUACGGUGAAAAUUGUGAAGAAUAAACAUGCCCCUCCAUUUAGGACAACACAGUUUGAGCUUGAGUUCGGCAAGGGGAUCUCUGGUGAGUCGGAGAUUAUCGAAAUAGGGUGCAAGCACGAGUUAAUUACGACUCGUGGUUCUUUCUAUACUUAUGAAGAACGCAAAUUCCAUGGAAGAGAUGCCCUCAAAUGCUAUCUUGCUGACAAUCAAGCGAUCCGAGAAGAAUUAAUAGCGAAGCUGAGGGAGAAAAUAUUGGAUUGCCGCACUGAUAAAAAUGCAGGCCCUGAAGGUGACAUUCCAGAUGCAAACGUAUCAGAGGAGACUAUCACAUCUGACACAACCGAUGAGGACAUUGUUGCUGAGGCCUGAUGUGUCACUGUCAUACCUUGACAAGCUGAUAAGUUUCUUGCCGUCCACCCUUAAAACUAAAAGUGAUCAGGCUUUAUCAUAAUCAGAAUCGCAAAGGUGGUAAUUUUGGAGACCUUUAGGGUAAUUUGGUGAUAUGUCGCGUAUGUAUAACUGAUUGUAUCCAGAGCAAGGAAUUGAUGGGCUUGUGGUACUAAGAAAUUCCAAGGACAUGGUGAUGGAAAAUGUUAGUGUAGCGAGUGUAGUCUGGGUGAUAGAGCACAGGAAAUGUGGUCUCCUUCUCGAUGUCACAUCUGCUAACUCUCAGACACCCAUAUAUCAGAAUUACUUUUAUCGUUCUUAUUGUCUCAAGAAUUAUGCUUAUGGUUAUUAUACAAAUGUCAGAUUGGAAGA